CCGUUCCCGACGGCCCUCGCGGCGGUGCGUGAUGGCGGGGGCUGGUUCCGCCGCCGUGUCUGGAGCGGGGACCCCGGUGGCGGGGCCCGCAGGCCGCGACUUGUUCGCCGAGGGGCUCCUGGAGUUCUUGCGGCCGGCCGUACAGCAGCUCGACUCUCACGUGCACGCCGUCAGAGAGAGCCAGGUGGAGCUUCGGGAACAAAUUGACAACCUGGCCACCGAGCUCUGCCGCAUCAAUGAGGAUCAGAAGGUGGCCCUGGAUCUCGAUCCCUACGUGAAGAAGCUUCUCAAUGCCCGGCGUCGAGUCGUCUUGGUCAACAACAUUUUGCAGAACGCCCAGGAACGGCUGAGGAGGCUAAACCACAGUGUUGCCAAGGAAACCGCUCGUAGGAGGGCGAUGCUGGACUCAGGAGUUUACCCCCCUGGCUCCCCAAGCAAGUAAGCAGUCAGAAGAUGGCCCAGAGCCUCAGAAUAGCACAAGUCCUAAUCCUCCGCUGCCUGAUGAACAGUUCCUGGACACGCUGCCUUGGGGCAUUGUGGGAAGCCUGUAGUUGCACAAAGCACUGGAAUCUUACGCCCAGACCUGUGCGCACAGGACUUUAGAUCUGGACCCUCACAGCUCGUUUCCUCCCAGAAUGAGUGCAAGCCUCUUUCGUUUUUUGCGAUGGGAGCUCAAUCCAAGCAUUGCACAGGUCUGGAGCCAGUCUGGCCAGUUCAGUGCUCAAGUUUGAGGACCACCAGGGCCACACCCAGCAGUGUUCAGUAGGGACCACGUGGUGUAGAUUUCCAAAAGUUCAGUCCAGUGGCUGCAGAGCAGGCACCCCGACCACUGUGCUGUUCUUGGCCCCACACUUGAUCUUUCCUAGAGGUAUCUACUGGUGGCCCCUGUAGGUCCCCCACCUUCUGGCCGCUAACCAGCAGGGGUUCCUUCCAUUACUCGCCUAGUGAUUCACACCAUGGCUGCAUGUUCUCUUCCUGUAACUUCACUUUUGUUUGCACUGAGGUUUUGGAAGAGCGAGCAGGCAGGUAAAUAUUUUGGAUGUGCUCGGGAUUGAACAUCCACCCUCCCGCCCCCUCCACUUAUGUGGUCGCACUGGCUCAAGUACAGCAGCAGUGUUGCUCAAACCAUUUAAUUCAAUAAAUGCUUUAAACUGUGUUAGUUUACUCCA